CCCGUCAGGCUGCGCUGCCCGAAUUCCGAUGACGUUAGGAACGUCUGUGCGGUUGUUUUUGUCAUCGGCUCCGAGUAAUUGCCUCGCGGCUUCCGAUUCAAAUCGGCCCGGUGGCCGUUAGCCUCGCGCCGGCGGAGAGGGAGAACAAGAGUGAGCACCCGCGAGAGACUCUGGAGGGAGGGAGGGAGGGAGAGAGAGAGAGAGAGAGAGAGAGAGGGAAGGAAGGAAGGGGUGGAUUCGAGACCGGCGGGGGACCGGAGGGGGUGGUGCCGUUGCGCUGGACCGGGCCGGGCCGCCCUCUUAGCUUAUGUCUCUGGCAAAGUUUCCCGUUUGCCUCUGUCUUCCCGAAGGCAGCUGUUGUAGGCCCAGGCUGCCGGGGCCUCAGAAGAGACGGCGAUAGUGUGAAGGGGGAGGAGCAGAGAGGAGGCGUGAGCCCGGGUUCCCCGGCUCCCUUCUCACUCAGAGGGAUCAAUUGAAUCAGAAUCGGGAGAGGAUCACGUUUACCCUCGACAUGUCGUCGGCAGAUGACCUGAAGACGCGUCUGAAAAAGCUCGAAGCCAUGAUCAGGGACCCGAAGUCUCCGGUAAACGCGGAAUGUUUGCUGGAUGGCCUCAAUGCCCUGGUCCAGGAUUUGGACUUCCCCGCUCUAAGAAAGAAUAAAAACAUUGAAAAUUUCUUAAAUAGAUAUGACAAAGUAAUGGGCAAAGUUCGAGAAAUGCAAAUGAAAGCAGAGGACUAUGAGGUUGUGAAAGUGAUAGGACGAGGUGCAUUCGGUGAAGUUCAGCUGGUUCGACAUAAAGCAUCACAAAAAGUAUAUGCAAUGAAACUUUUGAGCAAGUUUGAAAUGAUCAAGCGAUCUGAUUCAGCAUUUUUUUGGGAGGAAAGAGAUAUCAUGGCCUUUGCAAACAGUUCCUGGGUUGUCCAGCUAUUUUAUGCCUUUCAAGAUGACAGAUAUCUCUAUAUGGUAAUGGAGUAUAUGCCUGGUGGUGACCUUGUAAACCUCAUGAGCAAUUAUGAUGUGCCUGAAAGAUGGGCCAAGUUCUACACUGCUGAAGUCGUGCUCGCCUUGGAUGGCAUUCACUCAAUGGGUUUUAUACACAGAGAUGUUAAGCCUGAUAAUAUGCUAUUAGACAAAUUCGGACAUUUAAAGUUGGCAGAUUUUGGUACUUGUAUGAAAAUGGAUUCGACUGGAAUGGUUCGAUGUGACACUGCAGUUGGAACUCCUGAUUACAUCUCUCCUGAGGUACUAAAAUCACAGGGAGGGGAUGGUUAUUAUGGCCGGGAGUGCGACUGGUGGUCUGUGGGAGUUUUCCUGUAUGAAAUGCUAGUUGGUGAUACUCCAUUUUAUGCAGAUUCCCUUGUGGGGACGUACAGUAAAAUCAUGGAUCACAAAAAUUCGCUCAAUUUUCCAGAUGAUGUUGAAAUUUCAAAGCACGCCAAAGACCUCAUCUGUGCCUUUUUGACUGACAGGGAGGUGCGGUUAGGAAGAAAUGGAGUGGAAGAAAUCAAACGUCAUCCUUUCUUCAAAAACGAUCAGUGGACAUGGGACAACAUACGUGAUGCUGCUGCCCCCGUUGUGCCUGAAUUGAGUAGUGACAUAGAUACAAGUAACUUCGAUGAUAUUGAGGAUGAUAAAGGAGAAGUGGAAACCUUUCCAACCCCAAAAGCCUUUGCUGGGAACCAGUUACCGUUUGUAGGAUUCACUUACUUCAGAGACAGCCAGUUGUUAAGUGACUCGCCUGCAUCGUACAAAGAGAAUGAGCCCAAUUUACCCAGUAAAAUUGAGUCUGCAAAACUACAGAAGAAGUUACAUCAGCUUGAAGAACAAUUGAACAAUGAAAUGCAAGCCAAAGAUGAAAUGGAACAAAAAUAUAGAACAUCAAGCAGUCGUCUGGAAAAAGUAUCCAAAGAUUUGGAAGAUGAGAUAACUUGCAGAAAAGAUGCAGAAUCAGCAUUAAGGCAGUUGGAACGAGAAAAAGCACUUCUUCAGCACAAGAAUGCAGAAUAUCACCGUAAAGCUGAAAUGGAAGCCGAUAAAAAGCGUGGCCUAGAAAAUGAAGUUAAUAGUCUGAAGGAUCAACUUGAAGAUCUAAAGAAAAGGAAUCAGAACUCUCAAAUCUCAAAUGAGAAAAUGGCUCAAUUACAGAGACAGUUGGAUGAAGCUAAUGCCUUACUGCGGACAGAAUCUGAGACAGCAGCGAGGCUACGAAAGAACCAAACAGAACUUUCAAAGCAAUUAGGGCAAUUGGAAACUAACAACAGAGAGCUACAAGACAAAAAUGCUACAUUGGAUAAUACCAAGCUGAAACUUGAAAAGGACUACAUAAGUUUACAGUCAGCACUAGAAGCUGAACGAAGAGACCGUACUCACGGUUCUGAGAUGAUCAGUGAUUUACAAGGGCGGAUUUUAUCACUUGGAGACGAAUUGCAAAGCAGUAAGAGCUCAAUGGCCAAAACAGAAAUGGAGAAACGACAACUGCAAGAUAAACUGACUGAUUUAGAGAAGGAGAAGAAUAAUAUGGAAAUAGAUAUGACAUACAAGCAGAAAGUAUUACAGCAACGACUUGAACAGGAGGAAGCAGAGCACAAAGCUACCAAGGCACGAUUAGCAGACAAAAAUAAGAUCUAUGAGUCAAUAGAAGAAGCAAAAUCAGAAGCCAUGAAAGAAAUGGAGAAGAAACUACAGGAAGAGAGAAGUUCAAAGCAAAAAGUUGAAAACCGUUUAUUGGAAGCUGAAAAGCAGCGUUCAAUGUUGGACUGUGAUAUUAAACAAGCACAACAAAAGAUUGAAGAGUUGCUUAGGCAAAAGGAGAAAUUGACGGAGGAGGUUAAAAAUCUAUCGUUAAAGAUAGAGCAGGAGACACAAAAACGUAGUUUAACUCAGAAUGACUUGAAGAUGCAGACACAACAAGUAAAUGCAUUGAAAAUGUCAGAAAAACAACUGAAGCAGGAGAUAAAUCACUUGUUGGAGACAAAAUUGAGCUUGGAAAAGCAGAUAGGAGAGCUACGAAAAGAACGCCAGGAUGCCGAUGGUCAGAUGAAAGAGCUUCAGGACCAGCUAGAAGCAGAACAGUAUUUUUCAACAUUGUACAAGACACAAGUAAGAGAGCUGAAGGAAGAAUGUGAGGAGAAAAGCAAGCUUUGUAAAGAUUUGCAACAAAAAAUGCAGGAACUGCAGGAUGAGAGAGAUUCUUUGGCAGCACAACUUGAGAUUACACUAACUAAGGCAGACUCUGAGCAGCUUGCACGCUCAAUUGCGGAAGAACAAUAUUCUGACCUAGAGAAAGAAAAAAUUAUGAAGGAGCUAGAAAUUAAAGAGAUGAUGGCGAGGCAUAAGCAGGAGCUGGCUGAAAAGGAUGCUACAAUUGCAUCUCUAGAGGAGACUAAUAGAAUGCUAACUGCAGAUGUAGCAAAUCUUGCAAGCGAGAAGGAAGAACUGAACAACAAAAUGAAGGAGCUUCAGGACCAGAUUCAGAAGCUGAAAGAAGAGGAUGCAAAUUUAGCAAACAUAAAAUUUCAAUUUGACAAACAGCUGCUCAAUGAGAGGACCCUCAAAACCCAAGCUGUCAAUAAAUUAGCUGAGAUUAUGAAUCGGAAGGACAUGAAGAGAGACCAUGGCAGGCGUGGAACUGACACUGAUGUUCGUAAAAAAGAAAAGGAAAAUCGAAAACUGCAAUUGGAGCUGAGGUCAGAGCGGGAAAAGCUAUCACAAAUGAUGAUUAAGUACCAGAGAGAGCUGAAUGAAAUGCAAGCGCAAAUUGCGGAUGAAAGCCAGGUGCGAAUUGAGCUGCAGAUGGCACUAGAUAGCAAAGACAGCGAUAUUGAACAACUUCGUUCUCAGCUGCAAUUAGUACAAGUGGGACUUGACACUACUAGUAUUGGCAGUGGGCCAGGUGAUGCAGAAGCAGAUGAUGGAUUUCCUGAAUCCAGAUUGGAAGGUUGGCUUUCCUUACCCAUGAGAAACAACACAAAGAAAUUCCUAUGGCGGAAACAGUAUGUGGUUGUGAGCAGUAAGAAGAUUCUAUUUUAUGAUAGUGAGCAGGACAAGGAAUUGUCUAAUCCUUCAAUGGUAUUGGAUAUAGACAAACUUUUCCACGUUCGGCCAGUUACGCAGGGUGAUGUAUAUAGAGCAGAUGCCAAAGAGAUUCCUAGAAUAUUUCAAAUCCUAUAUGCUAAUGAGGGAGAGAGUAGAAAGGAGCAAGAGUUUCCAGUGGAACCACCUGCUUUGGGAGAGAAGUCAAGCUACAUCCCUCACAAAGGUCAUGAAUUUAUACCAACGCUCUAUCAUUUCCCAACCAACUGUGAAGCCUGUACGAAGCCACUGUGGCAUAUGUUUAAACCCCCACCAGCUUUGGAGUGUCGCCGUUGCCAUAUCAAAUGUCACAAAGAUCAUAUGGAUAAAAAGGAGGACCUUAUAGCACCUUGUAAAGUGAAUUAUGAUGUUUCAUCUGCAAAAGAUCUGCUAUUACUAGCUAAUUCAACAGAAGAACAACAGAAAUGGGUGAGUCGAUUGGUGAAAAAAAUUCCAAAGAAACCUCCUGCACAUGAUCCCAACUUCCACAGAUCUUCUCCAAGGUCCUCAAUGCGGGUUCCUCCUAACCAAUCCAUGAGGAGGCCGAGCCGACAGCUGCCACAAACUAAGCCCAGCUAACUGUGUGCUGGGGAAUGCAGCAAUGUACGAGAUUAUGGGUUUCCAUCCUCAGCAGAAAAAAAUUGGACUGUGUAGAAUACUCUGACAUUCAAACAAGAGUGCACAAAAUGCUGCAAUUUAUUUUAUAUGAAAAGAGCUAAACAUGACUGUCUACAGAUCAAAAGUUUCACAAUAGUUUACAGCACUUUGCAGCAAUGUAAAAUUCUAAACCUGGGAACAGUAUUGGUUUGCUGCAAGCCCAGACAGCAAUAGAAAUUGAUGUAAAGAUGCCCCCAGGUUGGUUGUUAUGCAUAAUCGCUAAAAAGCUCUCUUGGAUGUGAUAUUACUUGGCAACCAAGUGAAAUAAACACUAGAUUGGUUGGGACGCAAGAUGGAGAAAUGCGCCACUGCCCAAUAAACUGAAAUGUUUUCAAGCAGAAUGAUGAACUUGAGGUGGUUACAUCAGCUUAACUUGAAUAAGAAACCAAAUAUGAUGGUCAUAUGAAAGUAUGUUGUUUGGAACAGCCCAAGAGAGCUUUGGAAUUGAAUCAGUCAUACUUUUCAGUUGUAUUCAGAAUAGUAAUUAGUCAGAGGAAACCACAGUUGUCUUGGCACAAAGUACAUCCAUGGUAUGUAUAAAGAACAAGCCUUUGUUAUCACAGUUGCAUCUAUGCACUUGUAUAAAGCCAUAGAGUUUAACAGAUUUGCUUAUGAGCAUAUUAUAGGAAGCUGUAUCUGAAAGGAAUGUGGGGAAAAUUGCAGUCCUUCAGGUUGAGGAAAUUUUGAGAAUGUUAUCAGUCAGAAAUACACAUUUUAUAAUGGGCAACUUGUGAUUUUCAUUUCAUAUCAAAAUAACGCCUUAACUUAACAUUUUCUAAAUGUUUGCCCAUCUUGUUAAAUUGAAGUUUACUGAUGACUGUUAUAAUGGAAAUUAAAUGAAAGUUUAUUGUUAAGAAAAAUAGUGCACUAUUUUUACAUGUAACCAUUUGCAUUGGCCAAUUUUGAAUGUGUUUCUAUAAAAUUAUUGAAGAAAAUAUUUCAUGUAUGGAAUAGUAAAAAGAGCUAGCUAAUGUACAACUGUUACUACCCAUUGAAAACUAAUUAUACAAGGAAUGACAUGGUAUCAGCCCUUUCAGUUAUAUUACUGUAAUAACAAAUUUAUGGAAUUUGUAAUCCGUUAGACUCACUAAGUGCUAUGAAACCUUAUUUGCCUGGGUUUGUGUACCAUUCUAGAUGUUUUAUUUUCAUUAUUAUUUCUUUAAAAAAGCAUCCGUGUCUGUUAUUUUUACUACAUUCUCACAGCACAUAUAUAAAAAUGUUCACAAACUCUAAAAUGAUUUAACUAAAGUCAUACUGUAGGUGUAUUUUAAAAGUUUGUAUAAAGUUCUCUAUUACUGUAGCUGUAGUGUAGACUCUAGCACGGUUGCAGUAGUUCAUAAUGAGGACUCGUAUGUGUAGCUGGAAAGCUGAGCCCUUGCACAUGGGGCAUUCGUACAUAUAUAUUUUACAUGCAAUCUUACAAAAUACAUAAUUUAUAUUGGCUUGGCCAUUUUGUAUUUAUAAAGGCUUUCAUCCUGAAAUGCAUGUUUUAUACAACUACAGUAUGCUGAAGAUAAUGUAAACAUAUUUGACAAUAAAACCAUAUGUAGCCUUCCA